CACAUCUCUCUCUACCAUGGCGGAAGAAGCUGUUUUGGUUGAGGGGUCGUCCUUUAUGGAUCCCUUUAAAGGGCUAUUGCUGACUUAUUUUAUGCCGGAAUCAUGCUACGACGAGUUCUUUCUCGAUUUCAACUUCCUGGACGUCCCAUGUCUGAAGGUGGUGCUGAGCAAAGGCCUGGGGAUCGGCAUCAUCCUGGGUUCAGUGAUGGUGAAGCUGCCUCAGAUCUUCAAGCUCAUGGGAGCGAAGAGCGCCGAGGGCCUGAGCUUCCACACCGUGCUGCUGGAGCUGCUGGCCAUCACGGCGACGAUGGUCUACAGCAUCGCCAACAAGUUCCCUUUCAGUGCCUGGGGCGAGGCUCUGUUCCUCAUGCUGCAGACCGUCGCCAUCGGCUUCCUCAUCCAGCACUACGGAGGGAGAACCAGCCGAGGCCUCCUGUUCCUGGUGGUGUACUUCGGCCUGCUGGCCCUGCUGCUGUCUCCUGUCACUCCCACGUCAGUGUCGACCUCCUUACAGGCCUCCACCAUGCCCGCAGUCAUCGUCGGCAGGCUGAUCCAGGCGGCCUCUAACUUCCGUAAUGGGAACACUGGUCAGCUGUCUGCUGUCUCCGUCUUCAUGCUGUUUGCUGGAUCCCUCGCUCGCAUAUUCACCUCCCUACAGGAAACUGGAGACUCUCUGAUGGCCCUCACCUUCGCCACAUCGUCGACCUGCAAUGGCGUCAUCGCCCUGCAGGUCCUGUACUACUGGAACAGCCCCGCGCAGCGCAAGAAGAAGCGCGAGUAGGCCGAGGGCGCUCGCUGAACUUCAAUCCCAGGAGCAACUCUCUUCUUUCUACGGCCAACUUUUGGACGUUCAUAGAGAGCAGUGUCCAGGACUCGUUGGACCUGCUGGACGAACGCUUGACUUUUGGGCCCACCGGCUGUACGAUUGACAGAAUACACUGAGAUUACAUUCCUCUUGAUCCUCACCGCUGUGUUAAAAUGUUUGAGAACAGUUACUUGUCCUCGGAUGCCUGUAAAAGAAUCAUGUUGUUGUUUCGUCAUUUCCCAUAAACAGGAUUCCACUCGA